AUGCCUAGCCAAAUCGUCGCACCCAUCCCGAUCACACCGCCGCGCAAGAACAUGCGCCUGACAAAUCCAUCGGACCUAUUCAGCAGCUUGAACGCCACACUUGCAUCCAAGAGCAGCCAACGAAGUGCUCCGAUCCGCUCCAUCCAAGAACGAGAUUGGGAUGUCCCUGCUCCCCCGCCGCCGAGUCCCGUGAGCUUCCACCCGGAUCACUGGCAACGAAGCCUGCGCCACUGA